AUGAAGGCUUCCAACUUAACUUCAAUUCCAAAUGCACAACGACAUACAGAUCAACAGCCUUUGAAUUCACAAAUUCAAACUACAACAACACAACAACGUGAACCAAACUCAGCGAAAACCAAAAAACCAAGAAAAAAAUGUCAUGGUAAUCGAAAACUACAGCGUUUUAGAAAAAAAUGUUAUAAACGUGGUCUCACUAAAGAACAAACACAACAUUUGAUUCAUGAAUAUAAUCAUAAUAAUAAACCAAAUGAACAUGUUAACAAUAAUGUAAAGCAAGACCAAUUGACGACGAUCGAAAAAAUGGAAGUCUCCACUGACUUCACUCACACUUCGAAUGCAUAUGAAACAACAACAACAACAACAACCAUAUCCCAUAAACGUAAACAAUCACAACGGACACCUUCAUCAAGUCAACGAUCCGAUUCACGUUCAACAGUUAAAAAAAUGAAGCGAAACAAAUCAUCUCAAAUUGAUAUGACUCCUUUAAAACCAACUUAUAAAUUACCUGUCUACUUGAAACAACAUGCAAAAUUACUCUUUCGAAAUUUACGUGUGCUAUUAAAACAUACGUUAAGAAAAAAAUGUGAACGCCAAUUUCUUCAUCAUCGACUUCAAUUAUUAGAUCAACAAGGUCGUCUUGGACUUCGUCAAAAUUUAUGGCAAUCAUAUUUAAGUUUAGGAUCCGAUAAAGAAGUGUGGCCCAAUUCAGUAAUCAAGAUGGCAAAAACCAAUGAACAUACUGUGUGUGAACAAUUUGUUAAACAACAUCUCCAUGAAAUGAAACAUAAAUUCGAUUAUUUUACAAAUGAAUUAAAACUACAAUGGGAAUCAUAUCCACGAACACUUUUAUCAUUACAGUCUAGUCUUGAUCAACAUCUUCAACAGUUUGUUGAAUUACAACAAAAAUAUUUAGCAACUAAAAUGCACUAUCAACUUCAUCGAUAUGAAGAUAUGAUUGCCGAAAUCGACUUAAUCCAAAGUUUAUCAAGUUUUCCUCUUACCACUGAUCACCAAACAACUAUUGAUCAUCUUAUACAUUUACAAGAAAAACAAGUAGUCAUAUAUGAAGAUCUUCAAAAACUAGAAGCUCGAAUUGCUAUUGAUAUUUUACCUCGAAGUUUCGAUGAAUUAGAAUGGUUUAUAGCAUGUGAUGAUUAUAUUCCUUUCAUUAAAGAUAAUAUAGCUGUUGAAUUUCAACAAAAUCAAUACAAAAUUAUUCAAGAAGCCAAACGUACAUGGUUGAAUUCAUAUAUGGUUGCAUAUGAAAGUCAAAUUACACAAAUCGAACAUGAAUAUGAAAUGGAAUUACAUCAAUUUGAAUUAACAAAUUCAAGUCAAAGUUAUUUAAAUAAUGCAAACAUCACCUUAUAUAUAAACAUUUUACUUGAAAAAAACAUGAAAGCUUCAACUUCAACUUUAAUUCCAAGUGUACAACAACGUGAACCACACUCAACGAAAACUAAAAAACCAAGAAAAAAAUGUCAUGGUAAUCGUAAACUACAACGUUUUAGAAAAAAGUGUUAUAAACGUGGUCUUACUAAAGAAGAAACACAACACUUGAUUCAUGAAUAUAAUCAUAAUAAUACACCAAAUGAAAAUGAAACAAAUAAUAUAAACCAAGACCAACUGACCAGGAUUGAAAAAAUGGAAGUCUCCACUGACUUCACUUACACUUCGAAUGCAUAUGAAACAGCAACAACAACAACCAUAUCCCAUAAACGUAAACAACCACAAGGGACACCUUCAUCAAGUCAACGAUCAACUUCACGUUCAUCAGUUAAAAAAAUGAAGCGAAACAAAUCAUCUCAAAUUGAUAUGACUCCUUUAAAACCAACUUAUAAAUUACCUAUCUACUUGAAACAACAUGCAAAAUUACUCUUUCGAAAUUUACGUGUGCUAUUGAAACAUAGUUUAAGAAAAAAAUGUGAACGCCAAUUUCUUCAUCAUCGACUUCAAUUAUUAGAUCAACAAGGUCGUCUUGGACUUCGACAAAAUUUAUGGCAAUCAUAUUUAAGUUUAGGAUCGGACAAAGAAGUCUGGCCCAAUUCAGUUAUCAAGAUGGCAAAAACCAAUGAACAUACUGUGUGUGAACAAUUUGUGAAACAACAUCUCAAUGAAAUGAAACAUAAAUUAGAUUAUUUUACAAAUGAAUUAAAACUACAAUGGCAAUCAUAUCCACGAACACUUUUACCAUUACAGUCUACUCUUGAUCAACAUCUUCAAAAGUUUGUUGAAUUACAACAAAAAUAUUUAGCAACUAAAAUGCAAUAUCAACUUCAUCGAUAUCAAGAUAUGAUAACAGAAAUAGACUUAAUCCAAAGUUUAUCAAGUUUUCCUCUUACAAGUGAUCACCAAACAACCAUUGAUCAUCUUAUGCAUUUACAAGAAAAACAAGUAGUAAUAUAUGAAGAUCUUCAAAAACUAGAAGCUCGAGUUGCCAUUGAUAUUUUACCUCGAAGUUUCGAUGAAUUAGAAUGGUUUAUUGCAUAUGAUGAUUAUAGUCCUUUCAUUAAAGAUAAUAUAGCUGUUGAAUUUCAACAAAAUAGAUACAAAAUUAUUCAAGAAGCCAAACGUACAUGGUUAAAUUCAUAUAUGGUUGCAUAUGAAAUUCAAAUUAUACAAAUCGAACAUGAAUAUGAAAUGGAAUUACAUCAAUUUGAAUUAACAAAUUCAAGUCAAAGUUAUUUAAAUAAUGCAAACAUCACCUUGUUUCAAUCUUUUCUCAAUUAUAUCAAUCAUCGCAUAAAAAGAAUUAAAGAAGAAAUAGCUUAUGAAAAAAUUNACCAAAUGAUAAAAAAUUCGACAGCAACAUGA